GCCAGCUGGCCACUAUAGCGUUCAGGCCUGUGCUGCAUGCUAGUACUCCCACCCGCAGUCUUUUCCAAUUCUUUCUCAUCAUUUUCUCCCAAAACCUUCUCUAUUAGUAUUUCUUCUUUCUGUAACCCUUGCAAAAUCCAUUUUCUGCAGAUCACAUUUUGAAGAUGCAAGAAAACAAAACGUCGAGCAAAAGGCAGAGUGAAGAUUUUUCAGCAGAAACGCCAAGGAAGAAACCAACUAGGGCUCUAAGAAUCCAAACUGAUUCAGACGAGGAAGUUGGUAUUGAAGAAAAAGUUUAUUAUUUUCGGGUUCUGUUGCCAAAUGGUAUAACUUUGGAGUUGCAAGUACGUAAACCGCCCACUGAAAUACCGGUUGAGGACUUUAUUAUUGUAGUGAAGCGAGAAUGCAUAAAUGUUGGGGGAAGAACAGAGUUCGGCCUGAAGUCCAAAAGGCAGAUUUAUUGGACGAGCAAGGAUUUGCAUUUUGUAGAUGCUUUUGAGAACAAGAUAACAAAGACGUUGGAUUUCCGGAAUCUUAAGCCUAAUUACAAGUCUCAUAUGUUAAGGCUUUGUGAUGGUUCAGCUGAAGCAGAUAAAUAUGAGAAUAUGUGGGAUCUUACGCCGGAUACUGAUUUGUUGAAGGAGCUACCCGAAGAAUAUACUUUUGAAACUGCACUUGCAGAUUUGAUUGAUAAUUCAUUGCAGGCUGUAUGGUCUAAUCAUGCAAACCAGAGGAGAUUAAUAAGUCUAGAGUUAACUGAGAAGAGGAUUACAAUAUUUGAUACAGGCCCUGGUAUGGAUGGAAGUGCUGAAAACUCUAUAGUCAAGUGGGGAAAGAUGGGAGCUUCUCUUCAUAGAUCAUCGAGAUACAAAGGCAUAGGAGGAAAACCUCCAUACUUAAUGCCUUUCUUUGGUAUGUUUGGUUAUGGAGGACCUAUUGCAUCUAUGCAUUUGGGAAGACGAGCCUCAGUUUCUUCAAAGACAAAGGAGUCUAAGAAAGUAUUUGUGUUACAUCUUGAGAGAGAAUCUCUGCUCAGCUGUUCUUCUUCUCAACACACUUGGAAGACCGAUGGAAGUGUUAGAGACCCCUUGGAAGAUGAGAUUCGAGAAUCAACUGAUGGUAGCUUCACUAAAGUUGAAAUUUUUCAUCUAAAGAUGAGAAGCGAAAGCAUACAGCAGUUACAAUACCAACUGAAGGAUAUAUACUUCCCUUAUAUUCAGGUUAGUGAUUUAUAG